UUGAAAAAUUUUUAUUCACCGUAGGAAUUCUGUUCUAUUUUUAAACCUCGAUAUGAAACUAAUCAACUCGGUAAAAGUAAAGUAAACCAACUUACAACUUCUUUGUUUUCUCCUCCUCCCAUCAUUCUUCACUCCAUUUCAAAUGAAUUUCAUCUUGAUGAUAAUGAUGAUUUUCUUCGACAAAUUAAAUUUCGACUACUACUAUGUUAGCUGUUUGGAUCGUUAGCACUUUUUGUUGAUUAGUUGGAUUAAAAUUUGAAAUUUUUCACAUUCUACAUUCAUGAUGAUUAUUAUGAUGGCGAUGUUGGUGGUAUUCUGAAUAAUAUGCAAAUAUCAAAACAAACGUUCAAUCAGUUUUUUUCAAAAUUCAUUCAUUGAAUUUUGUUAAUACUUAUGUGAUCCGGUUUUUUUUUGGACAGAAUAAAAUCAACAUCAUCAUUUAUAGCAAAAAAGAUUCAAACAUAACAACCAAAAAUGAAUUAUAUGAGAAGAAGUCCAUGUCAAAAAUAUUCAGAAAAACAAUCGAAUAAAGAAGAACUACGUAAAAGUUUGUCGGCAACAAAGUUCGUUCCAUUCACAAGGCGACCAAGUGAUACGACAAGUGAAAGUGGUUCGGAUGAUUUUAAAAUGGAAAUCGCUGAAGAUGUUUCCUCAUCAUUUUCACGAAGUUCAUCCGAUUCAUACACAUUUGGUGUGGCUGCAAACAACCGUUAUCAAUGUAUACGUAAUUUAAAAGAUUUGUCCGAAUCGACUCAUCUUGAUGAAGAUUUUGACAAAGAAAUGAUGAAACCCAAUGAAAGUUUGGAUGAUUUUCGUUCACGAAUGAAUUCCAGACGAAAAGUUAAGACCAGAUAUCAGGAUAGCCAAGAGGAUGAUAAAACGGAUAAUUCCUGUGACAGUGCGACGACAAAAGCUCACGAAGAAAUAUUGCGUAAUGCCAAUCUUUUGAAGCAAGAACAGGUUUCAAAUACCGAUGGUGGCUAUGGUCAAAUGAAAUCUUAUCAUCGUGAAAUUCAUUCAUAUAAAUUAAAUAGUAAUAACAACAAGAUUUCCAACGCAAGAAAUGAUGAUGAUGAUGAUGAUGAUGAUGAUGCUGUUCUGGGAGAAACUGAUGAGACCAUUCUAAUGAAUGAAUUCGAUGCCAUAUUAACGAUGGAAGAGAAUAAAUUAAAUGAAUAUAAUGAUGAUGUGUUUCAGCCAUCCGUUUCGAAUGCACCGAAAACAAUUUCCCGAAGUAAAACAACAGAAAAUUUUUUGGCCAAAAAAAGUGAAGACAAAAAAUCGGCAGCCAGUCCUCGAUUCCGAAGAAAGACACACAUGUUGAAAGCUGCUUCAUCUAUUCCAUCAUUAAUAUUUCCGAACAAAAGUUCGAAACAGAAAUCUACCUCAACAACACCGACAAGUACUACAAAUACUUUUGAUUAUACUCUAAGUCCAUCCGGAAAAUUUGAUGUUUUAAAGAAAAACUCGAUCGAUGAAGAUGUGUUCAAUAUAAGUGUGACUAAAGCUCGACGAAGUCCACUUAGGAUUCUUGGAAAUUUAGUGGAUGACAAAAUAUUUCGCGGCCGAUGGUCGACGGCCAAAAGAGCAAAAUCAACUGAUGAAAUCACCUGGGCAUUAGCUAAUGAAGGUGCUGCAUCAAAUAUGCAAAAUGAAAUGCGAAAAAGAAGCGGUAGUACAAAACCACAAAAUAGAAAAAAAUCAUUUGCCGGACUAUUAGGCUCUUCAAACUCGGAUAAUAAUAAUAAUAAUAAUAAUAAUUCAAUGGCCAAAAAACAGUAUAAAAGUUUGUCGGAUAAAUUCAGAAACAGUACAGAUUCUAAUACAAGUGAAUUCAGCAUCAAUACAAAUGUAGUGAACAAAGCCAAACCUAAACUCAUCGAGAUAUCCAAACGUAAACCUUCAAAUUCAUAUACAGAAGUGUUAACAAUUUCGGAUUCAUCAUUAGCAUCAUUGAAUGAUAGCCAAUCAAGUAAUCGUCCAUCGAAUAUUGUGUAUAAUGUGUCUAAACGUCAACAUAUUCCAAACAAUGAGAUAAGAGCCGAAACAUUAGCAGAAAUCGAGGCUUUUGAAAAAAUGCUCGAAACGCAUUUACAGGAAUAAUUAAAUCUGCAAAGUCAUAAUUAUUAAAAAAUUAUUAUUAUUGUUGUUUUU